AUGUUGCCUUGUUUCUUUGCCUGCAAUGAGCUAUCUCAACUUCUACACAACCUUCCCAUUGCCCUUUCCGCCUCUGCGCUAUCGACAUCCCUUUUGUGUCGACUGCGGGACACCGUAAAUUCAACUGCGCUAGACGUUCUCGUUUGUGCACGCCGCCAACAUUAUCAUCGACUGCGCAAGCUGCAGGACGCCUGGACUGCUCGAAAAGCUGAGGAGAUCCAAGGCUAUGCGGACUGCAACGAAUGGAAGAACUUCUUCUCCGCGAUCAAAGCUGUCUACGGUCCGCCGACGAAGGGCACUGCUCCUCUCCUCAGUGCCGACGGCAGCACUCUCCUUACUGAGAAGACACAAAUCCUACAGCGAUGGGCCGAGCACUUCCGAGGCGUCCUCAACCAUCCCCCCGCCAUCUCCGACGUCGCCGUCGAGCGCUUGCCGCAAGUGGCGACCAACGUGGACCUCGACCUCCCGCCAUCUCUCCAGGAGACCAUCAGGGCCGUGCAGAUACUCUCCGGCGGGAAAGCACCCGGAUCGGACGCAAUCCCUGUUGAGGUCUACAAGCACGGAUGUCCCCAACUAAUGGAUCACCUGACUGCGCUCUUCCAGGAGAUGUGGCGUCAAGGUGAAGUCCCGCAAGAUUUCAAAGACGUAAAAAUCGUGCCCCUAUACAAGCGAAAAGGGAAUCGCCCAGUCAGCGACAAUCACCGCGGCAUCUCCCUACUGAACAUCGCCGGAAAGAUCUUCGCUCGCAUCCUGCUCAACCGCCUCAAUAACCAUCUGGAGCAGGGCCUUCUGCCGGAAAGCCAAUGCGGCUUCCGUCGUCAUCGUGGGACCACGGAUAUGAUCUUCGCCGCCCGCCAACUUCAGGAGAAGUGCCAGGAGAUGCGGACCCAUCUGUACUCUACUUUCGUGGACCUGACAAAAGCCUUCGACACGGUGAAUCGUGAAGGACUGUGGAAGAUCAUGCAGAAAUUCGGCUGUCCGGAGCGAUUCAUUCAGAUGGUGCGUCAGCAGCACGACGGUAUGAUGGCGCGAGUCACGAACAACGGAGCUGUCUCAGAGGCAUUCGCAGUGACCAACGGAGUGAAGCACGGCUGUGUGCUGGCACCAACCCUCUUCAGUCUUAUGUUCUCUGCCAUGCUGAUGGACGCCUACCGCGACGAACGCCCUGGAAUCCGCAUCGCCUACAGAACGGACGGUCAUCUCCUGAAUCACCGGCGCAUGAACUUCCAAUCGCGUGUAUCCACAGCCACCGUGCACGAACUCCUCUUCGCCGACGACUGCGCCCUGAACACCACCUCGGAAGAGGAGAUGCAACGCAGCAUGGACCUAUUCUCCGCCGCCUGCGAGAACUUAGGUCUGGUCAUCAACACGCAGAAGACGGUGGUGAUGCACCAACCGCCGCCCAACUCAGCCACAGGCCCCAACGCACCGCCGCAAAUCAGCGUGAACGGAAAUCAACUGCAAGUGGUGGAGAACUUCCCGUAUCUGGGCAGUACCCUUUCCCGCAACACCAAGAUUGAUGACGAAGUCGCCAACAGGACUUCGAAAACCAGUCAAGCCUUCGGUCGCCUCCAAAGCACAGUUUGGAAUCUUCACGGUCUCCAACUGCGCACGAAGCUGAAGAUAUACAAGACCGUCAUCCUGCCGACGCUGCCGUACGGAGCGGAGACUUGGACGGUGUACACAAAGCAGGCACGCCGACUGAACCACUUCCACCUCAGUUGUCUCCGUCGCAUCCUGAGGCUGAGCUGGAAGGCCGAAUCCGCUACACCGAUGUGCUGA